AUGCUGCACGUGCUGUCGAAAAAAUCCAAGUCGAAAUCGCACCAACGAAGCCAGCGCACUGAGACUUCGCAGGAUCCAAGAUGGGAUGGGCUGGAGGCUGAGACUAAAUCUACCACUCCUGACUGUCGUACGCAGCGCAAAUUUCGCUGUACAAAGGACUCCUCUGUAUUAAUUGUCGGUGAUGAUCGUAAAUUUGGAGGGUCUAUUCGGACUAGGAGUACCUCAUCACGACGCUCCUGUUCGGCGAUGGUGACAUUUGAAUCCAUCAAACCAACUCAAGUCUGGCAAGCCUCUGCCAGUCCCUCUCCCCCCACAACCUCAGCAACUACCAGACGCAGCUUUAAACCCAAGCGCCCAGUGGACAGUUUAGCUCUCUCAAUGAUCGCACAGACAACAGCCGAGAACCAAUGGCUGUCAAUGUCUACGGGUGACGAGGACGAUCUCAGCGACAGUACAGAUGAUGAAGAAGGUGGUGAGGAAUUGAGAAAGGAAGUGAAAGGGAGGAGGACGGACAGCGAUCGAGGUAAACGCGCAUCCACUUCAACCUCCCAUCAUCCGCGAAGCAGUCCUUCUAGUUCUGAUUCCUCCUCCAGUUUUGAAAUUUCUCGAUCUUCCACCAUGUCCGCUCGCCAUCGACGAAAAAAGCAGUCGUCGCGACGACAUAGGCGAGAAAACGCUGCAUUUUCGUCGGGCUCUCCCACUUCUAGUGAUUCUUCAUCCAGCAGUUCCUCAAGUGAAGGCGAUAAUGAAUUCGAUCUGUGCUGGAAGAUGAAGGCUGGUGGAAGUCUGCGAAAUACCACACCAAUCCAAUUAACACCGCAAUUGAAACGAACACCUCAUCAUCAUCAUCAAUCUCUUGUACUUACACCGGCUGGAACACCACAAGUCCUGCCAAGAUAUCCUUCAACUCACCAUUAUAAUCGUCCCCAGACCCUCAAUUUGACUAACAGUUCAUUUCCAAGACCAAUGUCGGCAAGAAGUUCUUCGAAAGAUCCGCCCUAUGUACAGACAAUUGCCAGAGCGGUGGAAGACUUCUUUCCUACGUUAGAGUGGAUUGAAAAGUAUAAGGUUAUCAGUGUACAUCGAGGCGAUCUGUUGAGAAUCAUCCCUUACCCGGGUACAAAUCCCGAUCAAACAUCACCCACUACUGGGUGGUUUCUAGCACAGAAGUGGUGCGCUGAUCACGGGUCUGGAACGAGUCCAAUAGGUUUUGUUCCGCGUAUUGUAUGCUCUUUUGUCUGCCCUGAUAAUACGCCACGAUUGUCACAUAUCAGCCCCCGACACGCCCGUUCUCAGGAUUACUCCAUGAAGUUAGCCGAAACCGCUGUUUUCAUGGCAGCCUCUCCAGAUGUCAGUCAAACCGCUUCAGGAAGCCAGAUGAUUGCAAAUCCCUCCAUUUGUGACGCAUUCUUGGAACCAAUUCCAACUCGUAGCGUCUAUCCCUCUCCACAGUUGAGCCUUCAUAAUCCUUGCACAUCAGCCGUCAAAACUUCCUUCACAUCGAUUCCCGCGGUUUAUGAGAUUGAGGACCGGGACUCUGGACGUGGACCUAGCUCUGGCUCAGAAUGGAGUAGUGGAAAGGGUGGAAGUCUUAGUGGGGCAACGGAUAUAAAUGUAGACGACAAAGAUCAGCCUCAGCCACAAACGCAACCGCAAUCACAGCACCAACAGCCUGUUACAACUAGGUCCUCUUCUUCCUUGAAAUGGUCUCCAAACGGAAGCUAUCAACGAAGAUCCUCCUUUGAUCAACAAUCUGGAUCUAAUUUUUCUUGUCCUCUGCCACCACCACCCAUGGCGUUGUUGUCUCACGUAUGUACGGAGGCUGUAGGAGAGAAGAAACAUUUGACAACACCAGCGACAUCAGCGACUGCAUUUUCAGUCUCUGAUACAGAAGCUGGCGGGUCUAUCUGCUCUUCUUCAGGGACAAGAACACGUCUCUAUGUGCGUGGAUCAAAACCACUCCCUUCAAAGACGACAGAAGGAGAUUUGGGAAUGGAGAACGAGGCGAAAUGGAGAGAUGAGAAAAGUGGUAGUUCACUAACUCCAGAGGAGGCUGCUGACGAGGAGGAGGAAGGCGACACUAGUGGAUCACCCCAGUCCACGGUAGUGGUAGUGUCGUCAAACUCGGAUCCUGCGCAUUGGGAGCCCUACAAAACCAUGAUCCAGGUAGGGCAAAAUAAACUGGAGAAGUUCACCCUCGUGUAG